AUGUUCUCUUUCAUAGGCAUCGCAGCAGCGGCGCCAGGCGCGGGCAAGGGGCUGUAUCUUGUGCACAUGACGUCCGCGCCUCCGGUCGUCGCAUACAAAGGAGGAAUCGCGGGACUCACGGCGACGGCGGUGGCGGAGGAAGACGAGCCUUCCCCCGGCCGGACGUACCGGGGGAGCGCGGGGGUCAUGGGGGGGGAUGCGCGGAAGGGGCGGGGUCCGCGGCAGUUGCGCCCGCGCGCGGAUGACCCGCAUGUGCGCGCGUACGCGCAGCACCUGACGUCGCUGCACGAAAGGACUCUCACUUCUGUCGGUGUUGCGUCGACCAGUAUGGUGUAUAGCUACAAUUUCGCCGCCAACUCCUUCUGCGCGCAACUCACCCCCACGGAAGCGCAGCAGCUGCGGGCGCGCCCGGACGUUGGGCGCGUGGCGCGCGGGCGCAAGGUGCGCGCGCUCACGACGUACUCCCCGCGCUUCCUCAAGCUGGGCGCGCCGAAGGGCGCGUGGGAGGCGAACGGGGGGAAGAUGAGCGCGGGGGAGGGCGUGGUGGUGGGGAUUCUCGACACAGGCAUUUGGCCCGAACACCCUUCCUUCGCAAAUCAGGGCUAUGGUCCCCCACCCAAGCACUGGAAGGGCGCGUGUACGGGGCUGAAGAGGUGUAACGGCAAGGUGGUGGGCGCGCGCUACUUCCUCUCCGCGUACGAGCGCGAGUACGGCAAGAUCGCGCCAGGGGAGUAUCGCUCUGCGCGCGAUGCUGGCGGCCACGGCACGUGGUGUGCAGGAGCGGCGGUGGGCAACAGCGGGGUGGUGCUGACAGAGCGGGACGGCACGCCCAUCGGGACGGCCAGUGGCAUGGCGCCACGUGGCAGGCUGGCGGUGUACAAGGCGCUGUGGUACAACGCGUCAGAGGGGUACGGCCACGACUGCGACAUCUUUGCAGCCGUUGAUCAGGCCGUCGCGGACGGUGUGGAUGUGCUCUCCAUGAGCAUCGGAUCGGGCGAGGAUACCUACUUUGGCGACCUGCCCCUCCUGCGCGCAGCAGAGGCUGGCGUGUUCGUAACCCUAGCGGCAGGUAACGCAGGGCCGCCGGGUCAAGGCGGCGGCUCAUAUCGCACCAUCAGCAACACGUCCCCCUUCUAUCUCACCGUCGCCGCCAGCACCACGGACCACGACGCCGCCUUGCUCUACCGCGCGCGCUCAGCCGACUCUUCCUCUACAACCGCUGCUACGGCCGCCGCUUACGGUGAUAACUCGUCGUAUGUAGCAGAGGGUGCAUCAGCAGCAUCUAAACGCGGAUUCGUUUCCCAUGCCUCGCGGCCCCGGACCCUUCAAGCCGUCUACGAGGCGCCGGUGAUCGCGCCGUUCUCGUCGGCGGGACCACCACUGAACCCCUCGCGGCCUCCUCCCGCCACUCUGCAAGCGGAGAAGCGGCAGUCAGUGGCAGUGACGGCGCUGGUCUCAUAG